GCAGACGACGCUGUUCUGUUCACACGUUCGGCAAACGCUGCUGCCGCUAUCGUUGCCGCUGCUGUUUGUCGUCAGUUACACUUAUUUACUACGCAUUCGUAUUCGGCGUGUGUGAUAAAAAAAAAAAAGAGAAAAGUAUUUUCAACUUGAAUCUGUUGGCACGCGCCUAAAACCAACAACAAAUUGAGUAAUAAUUGCGAAUGCAAAUGCAAAUUCGGGUUUCAUUGUCCGACGUGUGUGUAUUUGUCUAUGUGUGUGAGUGCGAAAAGAAUCGCUGAUUAAAAGCUUAAAUUGGCUUUAGCAAAGCGUACAAUCAACAACAACAACAACCACAACCAAAAAAACAAACAACUCAAGCAUCAGAAACAACACCAAUUACAACAACAACAACAACAAAAGAAAAUAAAUAACCGGCGCAAAGACGCUUUAACAACAAAUAAAAAAAUUUAAAAAAAACACACAAGAAAUACAAGAAAAUAAAUAAUAAUUAAGCUGAUAUUGCAAGCAGCUCAGCAGAAAGGUGCAUUCGAUCGGAUGUGAACUCGAUUUGCCCUAAUGAAAUGUAGACCGGCGGGACCAAACAAAUCGCAACGUUUUCGGCAACCGCGAAUGUCACUCCUAGGGAAGCCGCUGAACUAUAAUCGCGGCACACAUCGCCGCGAUGCGCGCUACCGGCGGAUGCAGAGUCGCCUGUACAACUUUCUGGAGCGACCGCGGGGCUUGCAUGCAAUAUUCUAUCAUGUGAUGGUAUUUCUGAUGGUGUUCACAUGUCUCGCAUUGAGCGUGUUUUCCACCAUCAAGGAAUACGAGGAGGAUGCUGUAUAUAUAUUGUUUCGCAUGGAAAUCAUAGUUGUCAUCUGGUUUACCAUGGAGUUUGGGGCGCGACUCUGGUCAUCAGGAUGCCGCUCCAGAUACCAAGGCACACUUGGGCGACUUAAAUUUAUAAAGCAACCAUUUUGUAUUAUAGAUAUUAUCACCAUUUUAGCCUCAAUUGUAGUAUUAGGCAUGGGCACCUCUGGCCAGGUGUUUGCGACGAGCGCAUUGCGUGGUUUAAGAUUCUUUCAGAUACUGCGCAUGGUGCGCAUGGAUCGACGUGGGGGAACCUGGAAACUGCUCGGUUCGGUUGUAUACGCACAUAGACAGGAGCUCAUCACAACCAUGUACAUUGGAUUUUUAGGUCUCAUCUUUGCAUCAUUCCUAGUUUAUAUGUGGGAGAAGGACGUCAACGACAAGUUCAGCAAUUUCGCCCAGGCGCUGUGGUGGGGCGUGAUAACGCUGUGCACCGUUGGCUAUGGAGAUAUGGUGCCCAUAACGUGGCAGGGAAAAUUGAUUGCUUCCUGCUGUGCUCUGUUGGGCAUUUCCUUUUUUGCGCUACCUGCGGGCAUUUUGGGCAGCGGCUUUGCGUUGAAGGUGCAGCAGCAGCAGCGCCAGAAGCACAUGAUACGGCGUCGCCAGCCGGCGGCGACGCUCAUUCAGGCCGUCUGGCGCUGCUAUGCGGCCGAUGAGCAUUCCGUUUCGAUAGCCACCUGGAAGAUACAUCAGGUGGCGCUGCCGAGUCCGCCCGCAUCUUCUGAAAACUGGGAGCGAUUAUUAAAAAACAUAACCGAAUAUAGACGGGCCUCAUCCAGUUUUAAGCAUAACACAUCCUUUGUGGCCCGCCUGCCGACGAUUAGGCGGCACAAGAGCCAGACCAUCCAGACGCCCGGACCCGAUGGUUCCACAAUGUCCAAGCCGCCGGGCUCAUCGAGGGCAUCGACGCGCUAUUCGCGCACCAUUCGAGAUAUCAACGCAUCUGUGGAGAACUUGGAGGUAGUACAAAAUGGCAAAUCCAUGAAUCCAAGUUUUAGCGAAGAUUCAGUUGCUGAAACAACUUGCUUAAAAAAUAUUAAAAAUUCAGACGCAAGUCCAACGCCGUCCCCCAACAAACUGGCCAAUAGCAUUCAUAGCGCCAGUUUGGGCACACUGGGCCAGACCCAGAAGCCAGAAGUUGCUACUGCUGCUGCUGAUGCCGCAAGGCCGAAGGUCGAGGCUAGUUCCAAUACGCUGACCAUACCCGUUGUGCUCUGCGGCUUUUUGCAAGGUGACUUUUUUGGGUCGACAUUUUCGCUGCGCAAUCCGCGCAUUACGCCCGCAAAGGACUUGGAGGCGGGUCAUGUGGAGCAGCAUGAGCCGGAGGCCGAGUCGCAAGUUGAGGGCAAUCUGAAUCCUAGUCCCAGUCCAGGCCGUGGACGCACGGGUCGCUUCUUUGCGGCUGCCUCACAUUUUCUGGAGACGGGCACAUUGCAGGGCAACAGUGGCGCAUUCUAUGUGGCAAAUGAGGAUGAGGAGCCGCGUUGCACGCAGCUGACAAAUCGGCAUAAGAUCGCCAUACGCUUCAUACGCAAGCUCAAGUAUUUUGUGGCACGUCGCAAGUUUAAGGAGGCAUUGAAGCCGUACGAUGUCAAGGACGUCAUGGAACAGUAUGCGGCUGGUCACGUGGACUUACUGGGGCGCGUCAAAAUGCUGCACUUGCGUCUAGAUCAAAUACUGGGCAAACAGGGUUCCAAGGCAAAGGAUGUCUAUGCAUCAAAGAUCAGCUUAGCCUCGCGUGUGGUUAAAGUCGAGCGACAAGUGGUGGAUAUUGAGGAGAAACUUGAUAUCCUGAUCAAGGCCUAUAUGGAGGAUCGUGAUAGAUUCUUAGCGCUUCCGUUGCCCGCAAAUCCGAAACCCAAAAUACAUUCCAUUAGCCCUAGUCACAGUCAUAAUCUCCAUCACACACAACAUCAAAAUAUGAUCGAUGUGUGGAAGCGAACGGCAACACUUAGCGUACAUCCCGAGCUAGUGACGACCCCAACUGAAGCAGCGGAAGCUGCCUCCACGGAUCGUCUGGACAGCAGCGAGACGGCGCUAACCUCGACGCAGACGCUCACAACAACAACAGAUGCGAUUGGCACACAAACAACCAUGCCACACACGCAGCAUACAGCGACCAAUACAAAGUCUUCCGUGCUUAACUCAUAUCAGCUAACGCCUGAGAAGCAACAGCACAAUGAUGUAUUUAUGACUGAUUUAGAGAAUAGAACUAAGAAACGAGUUACUUUAAGCCUGCAUAGAUCCACAUCGGAGCCAUAUAGCAAACACGAGCAACGCAUCAAUAUGCCAGAUGAGGGCGCACAAUCCUUGGAUUCGAGUGCCAAGCCAACGCCGCCAGAUAGUUCAAUUAUACUAAUUGAUGAGUAUGAGGAUUUCGAGGAGGAGGAUCUGAACUGUGAGGGUGAAAUGGAUCAUUUCCCGACUUGGGAAAUUGACAGCGACAUUGGCGCCGAUGUGGAUGUCGAUGCGGAUGGUGACUGUGAUGAGUCCACUGAGGACACGGCGCUAUUGCAUUGCACCACGCGCACCGCCAUUGUUAUAACACCAAUUAGCCCAGUGAGCUCCGCACACAAUCUUCAAAGUUUAAAUGACCAAACUACAACGCUUAAUAAAUCAAAUUUGCUUCCGCCAGAUUCUGGCUAGUUAAAUGCAAUUGAAAUUAGUCGAUAUGUAAUAUCUCUAUACUUAAACUAAUUAUAAGAUGAGAAGAGCUGCUCGACCCGCAGUUACUCUGUACCAAGUUCUAGAGUAUCAUAAAUCAAAUCAAAUCAAAUCAAAUCACUACAUUCACAAUCGAACAUUUUUUAUUUUAUUUGUUCAAUAGAAAUUUUAAUGACCAAACUGCAAAACGCUUAAUAAAUCAAAUUUGCUGCCGAUAAUAUUAUACGUAUAGGACUCACAGAUACCCUGUAAAUUAAGUUUUAACCGCAACGUAGCUUUAACACAUCUUCAAUUGAUAAACAAAUAAUUCUAUUAUUUUUUUUUUUGUAAAAUUUCGAAGCUGAGCUGUGUAGGGCAUAGAAGUGUCUGCUAAACAAAUUUAAUAACGUUAUAAUUACUGAGAUUCAAGUGUUCAAAGCGACGAUCGGAUAGCGACUUAUCAUUAGACCCCGAACUAAUUCCUGAAACAAAUUAUGAUAAGUGACUAUAUAUAUAUAUAUAUAUAUGAAUAUAUGUGCAAGUCGAAUGAAAGAUGAAUGAUGUGCAUGAUGAAGAACCAAAUGUUAAAUGAGCUCAUGAAUGACAAGUGCGAAUGAUAUGAAUGUAGAGACAAAUAGUGAAAGUGAUUGAAAGUCAGUUGAAAUACGGCAAGAAAUUUAGUUAUAUUAUAUUAUAAUACAUACAUACAUUAUGUAUGUCUAUCUACUGACAUAUUUUGUGUUCAAAAUAAUGAGUAGCAACUACUUAAAUCAGUUGAAAUCAAAUGAUUAAUAACAGCUUUAGCGAAUACAAAUAAAAGCAACAAUCAAAUAAUGCAA